AUGACGCGCCGCAGCCUACUGGCGCUGCCGGCGGGGCUGGCGGCGGCGGCGGCGCUGACCGCUCCCCUCCCCGCCGCCGCGUUUGUCAUCCCGCCGCCCGGCUACCGCUACCACGAGGAUAAGCUGGACGGCUAUUCCUUCUUCUACCCAGAAGACUGGCAGCCCGUCACGACCUCGGGCAACGACGUCUUCUUCCGCAACCCUUUCAAUGUGGAGGAAAACCUGUUUGUGAACGUCUCCUCCCCUUCCUCUUCUAAAUACGAGACGGUCGCCGACCUGGGGGCCCCCGAGGAGGCCGCCACCCGCACCGAGCAGCAGUACCUCGAGGAGUUCAUGUCCACCCGGCUGGGGGUGAAGCGUACCGCCGAGGUGGUGGCGGCGUCGCAGCGUACCGCCCCGGACGGCCGCCUGUACUACGACACACAGACCCGUGUCAAGUCCUUUGCCUCCCGCAACCAGCUGGCCGUCACGCAGGCGGAGAUCGAUGAGGGGGUGGUGCUGGAGUGGGACCGCCGCUACCUGGCCGUGCUGGGCGUGGCGGGGCGGCGGCUGUACGAGUUCCGCCUCCAGACCUCCAACUCCGCCUACGAGGCCGACGCCGACCGCCUGCUCACCAUCGCCACCUCAUUCCGCUGCAGAGACGUGUGA